AUGCAUACAUUCAACAUCAUCCUCCUCGCCAUCUCCUCCCCCUCCCUCUUCGUCGCCGCCGCUCCCCCAGCCGAGCUCGACUCUCGAAUCCUCACCCAAGCCAAAUGCUGUCUCCCCGGUUGUCGAUCCUGCGCUCGUAACGGUUGUCGUAAUCCGGAUUGUUCUGCUUACUGGCCGUGGAGCACCUGCUGCGGAACCAUCAUUGCCAAGAAGCGCGACGAAGAUGGUGGUGAUAUCUGGUAUAAUGAGAACGGAGAGGUUAUUACUUUCAUCGAUACACCUGCUUUUGGUGUUCCUCAAGAGGCAGAGGCAGCUCAAGAAUAG